AUGUACAGAAGCUGCCUUUUGGAAAAAGAAUCGGGCAUGUACCCGGGCACUCUCAGGAGCCCGGCGGGGGGCGGCACCGCUGGGGCUGGCGGCACUGGAGGGGGUGGGAGUCCGCUGCCAGCCUCCAACUUUGCAGCGGCCCCAGCUUACGCUCACUACAUGGGGUAUCCCCAUAUGUCCAGCAUGGAUCCUCACGGGCCGUCGCUGGGAACCUGGGGCUCACCCUAUAGUCCCCCUCGGGAAGACUGGAGCGCGUAUCCCGGACCAUCCAGUACAAUGGGCGCGGUGCCCAUGAACGACAUGACCUCGAGCCCCGCGGCUUUUGGCUCCUCGGAAUACAGCAACCUGGGCCCGGCGAGCGGUGGAAGCAGCAGUGGCAGCAUGCCAGCCCCAGCCGGCGGAUCACUGUUCCCCAUCGACGCCAGCACCGCCAACGCCAGUUCUCCCAGCAGAAGUCGCCACAGCCCCUAUGCAUGGAUGCGCAAGACUGUGCAGGUGACUGGGAAAACAAGGACAAAAGAAAAGUAUCGUGUGGUUUACACAGACCAUCAAAGGUUGGAGCUGGAGAAGGAAUUCCACUGCAACAGAUACAUCACCAUUCGGAGAAAAUCAGAGCUGGCAGUCAACCUGGGCCUUUCUGAGAGACAGGUGAAAAUCUGGUUUCAGAAUCGCAGAGCCAAGGAGAGAAAGAUGAUCAAAAAGAAAAUCUCCCAGUUUGAGAAGAGUGGAGGCUCAGUGCAAAGUGACUCUGGCUCCAUCAGCCCUGGGGAACUACCUAACACUUUUUUCACCACCCCAUCUGCUGUCCGUGGAUUUCAGCCUAUUGAGAUACAGCAGGUCAUAGUCUCUGAAUGAAAGAAAGGCAAAGAAAGAUGGAAACUGCCCUUCGUUUAGCGUUGUCUUUUUGGUCUCUAAGAUAUCAGCAGAGGAGUUGGGACAGGAUGUAAUUCCUUGUAAGGCAGUACUCAGAACAAGGGAUGCACAAUAGGUUAAAGAUAAUUCAGGAGUCACUUGCUGUUAGAAACUAUCGCCAGAAAACUCCUGUUAUGUGCUAUGCUGUAUGUCAAUCACUCAUGAAGCUUGGUGUAAGCUAUAUAAUUAAAAGCUACAAUCACAGGCCAUUGCAACUCUAUUCACAAUUUCAGAAACCUGCUUGUGAAUAGACUGUUAAAAAACAGUUCUGCCAGAAGGCUCAUUUUUGUAUGUGUAUUAGUGUUUGCUAUUUGAUGCUAGGUGUGUUCUUUUAUGUCAUCUUUGGGAGGUGGGAAAAAAGUAAGCAGAAAUUUACCUAUCUGUAGCUACCUUUUCAGUGUUUUAUUCAAAAGCUAACAGUAUUUUCAUAACAAGACAAAUGUUUAAAAAGUCAUCAAGAAGUGAUUCUGAAUCCAUUGUCACUGGUUAAUAAAAAUAAUAAAUAAAAAACCCAUAUUUGUCCCUCAA